AUGGGCUUUGCUGUUGCAAGGCCUUCACUGGAAUAUUUUGACAAUCCUUUUGCUGUUGAGAACGAAUCCAAAGAGGUCCGGUCUGCGGCCAUUAAACGGCUCCUUGAGGUGUUCGGCAUGGAGGAUCCACCUCUUCCUCGAGGUCACAAACAACCCCCUCAGUACAUGCUUGACUUGUAUAACACCGUUGCAGAUGUGGACGGCGUCACUAAAGAUCCCUACCUUCUUGAGGGAAAUACAGUUCGCAGUUUUUCCGACAAAUUGCACAGCGAACAAGUCGAAUUCCUGUUUAAUUUGUCCACGGUUGCCAGAAGUGAGAAAGUUCUUACUGCUGAACUCCAUCUAUUCAAGUUGCGACCACAAGCUUCAUCGCAUUUUAACAGAUAUCAUUUCUGCCAGGUCAGUGUUUAUCAGGUCCUUGAUACUACCAAAAGGAACAUGACUCAGGGAAAAAAGCUGCUGUCCUCUCGACUAAUCCCUGUACACUCUACUGGCUGGGAGGUCUUCACUAUUACACAAGCAGUACGCUCUUGGACUACGGAUGAAGGUAGCAAUUUGGGGCUGAUGGUGACAGUGAAAACUCUGGGAGGAAGCCAGAUGGACACAAAGGUUGUUCGCUUUGCUUUAGGUCGCAAUCAUCACCAGAGCAAGCAGCCUAUGCUGGUCCUCUUCACUGACGACGGCCGCCGUUCAGCCUCAGUCGAGCACAUAAAAAAUCUCAAUGAUAGCCCUGCGCCCCCCAUCCUGCCACAUCUGCCCAUGCCAGCAGCUGCCCGCCGUAGCGCCCGCGCCUCGGACUACGGGGGCGAGGACGAAGGCGAGAAAACGUACUGCCAGCGCCAGCCGCUCUACGUGGACUUUGAGGAGAUCGGCUGGUCCGGUUGGAUCGUGUCUCCGCGGGGUUACAACGCCUACCACUGCAAAGGCUCCUGCCCCUUCCCGCUGGGCCAGAACAUGAGGCCUACCAACCACGCCACCGUCCAGUCCAUCAUCAAUGCCCUCAAGCUGACCAAGGGCAUCGAGACGCCGUGCUGCGUCCCCGACAAGCUCUUCUCCAUCAACUUGCUCUACUUCGACGACGAGGAGAACGUGGUGCUGAAGCAGUACGACGACAUGGUGGCAGGGAGCUGCGGCUGUCACUGA